UGUAACUCGACAUCAUCUUCCCGCCUCUCGUGACUGUCACAUUUAUCACUAAACUUCCUCCCUUCCAUGCUUCUUCAUCCUGUCGCCGUCCCGGACACGUUUUCAUACCUUACCCAAAACCAACACCGCUUCCGUCCACCGGCUGGCUCUGUUGCCAGCUUCAACGAGCAAUGACCUCACCCCCGCUGCCCGCCCAGCAGCCACAGCAGCGAUCUGCUUCCCCCAACGGGAGCUUCUACGCGUUGAGCGAUGACGAUGAGGGCGAGUACAACACUGUCACCCACGCCGAGACGGGACGUGGAGUGAAGCUCUUGUUUUCGAAAAGCAAGGUCUACCUCCAUCCAACGCCCUCCGCCAAGGACAAUAUCCCCGGCUACGUAGCUCUACUACAGCAGAAAGGCCCUCGAGAUGAAAGGCCAGUGUCACCCUUCUCACAGGCCGGGGAAUCCGCGUCCCCCCGGUCGUCCGACCUUCUCCUGGCAUGGGUCCCCGAGUCCUCCCUAGGAGCUGCCGAGAGCAUUUACGUCAAAGUCGACCUUAGCGAUGCCGACUCUCCCCCGAAACAAUCCUACCUCGUGCCUCCUCCCCCGACCGUCACAACCCACCCCGGCUCGCUGGGCCAUUACGCCUUUGCCAUUCCCGUCAGCGCCAUAUACUCUCUCCUCGUCCGCCCCCCGAGCCUGGGCUGGUGGUACGGCUCUCUGAUCCUCAAUACGAGGGCCGGCGACAGCUUUCCCGCCUUGUUUUUCCACGACAACGAAUGCCAGAGCACCAUCCUCAAGCGGAAAAAGAGGGCCCGUGAUACCUUCGACCCUUUCGGCGAGAAAGGAGAGAUGUUCUGGGGUGGCGACGAGGUCCUGCGCUGGCUGCGUCGCUAUGUUUCCAUAGAACGCUCCGAGGCCGAGCCGAAUAUUUAUCUCAUCGAGCCGUCUCGUGAGGACAGUGUUGCCUUUGGUGGUAAGCCCACCGCCUCUCGCCGCGCCGACCUUAGCAGCAGCAGCAACGCCAACAGUAGUCGCCGUCGUGGUGACAGCGCCGCCAGUCCGGGCACCAAAGAUGCGCAGAUGGAUCCUUUCGUCAAAUUCGUCAAGGAGACCGGCUGGAACAUCAUGGAAAAAUUCAGCAAGGUCACCACCCUCACGCGCCGCGCCGCCCAGGACGCCCUCCAGAACCCCAACCUCCCGCCGCAGGUGAGGCGGCUCCUGCGCAACCCGGAGGUGCAGACCAUCCAGGAGGAGUUCGACAGCGCCAGGAUCUAUCUCGCCCGCUGGGCCAUGGGCAUCGCCGAGCAGGGCGAACGCGAUCGUCGCCAGAGGAUAUGGACCGCUAAGGACGUCCUCGAACUCGAAGACACCGACGUCGGCGAGUUCGAACUCCUCGACGGAAGCAGCACCAUGUCGCUCGAGGACAGGAGGCGUCCCGUCACCCUCAAGGAGUGGAACGGAUUCUUCGACGAGACCACGGGCAGGCUUUCCGUCACCGUCGACGAAGUCAAGGCGAGGAUUUUCCACGGGGGGCUGGACCCCAACGACGGCGUGCGGAAGGAGGCCUGGCUCUUCCUUCUCGGCGUCUAUGACUGGUACAGCACUGCCGACGAGAGGAAAGCCCAGAUCUCCUCUCUCCGGGAUGCCUUUGUUAAGCUCAAGGCCGCCUGGUGGGAGAGGCUCGUCGAUCACGGCGGCGAAGGUGAGGUUGGAGAAUGGUGGAGAGAGCAGCGAGGGCGCAUUGAAAAGGACGUACAUCGAACGGACCGCAACGUGCCCAUCUUCGCCGGCGAGGACGCACCCCAUCCCGACCCGGACUCCCCCUUCUCCGAAGUCGGCACCAACGUCCACCUCGAGCAGAUGAAGGACAUGCUCCUCACCUAUAACGAGUACAACAAGGACCUCGGCUACGUCCAAGGCAUGUCGGACCUCCUCGCGCCCGUUUACGCAGUCAUGCAGGACGAUGCCGUUGCCUUUUGGGCCUUCCAGCGCUUCAUGGACCGGAUGGAGCGCAACUUCCUGCGGGACCAGUCUGGCAUGCGCUCGCAGCUCCUCACUCUUGACCAGCUCGUCCAGUUUAUGGAUCCCAAGCUCUAUAGACACCUGCAGUCCGCCGACAGCACCAACUUUUUCUUCUUCUUCCGCAUGCUCUUGGUGUGGUUCAAACGCGAGUUCGCCUGGAUGGACAUUCUCCAUCUGUGGGAGGUUCUCUGGACCGACUACCUGACCAGUAACUUCCACCUCUUCGUCGCCCUCGCCAUUUUGGAGAAGCACCGCGACGUGAUCAUGGAUCAUCUCCAGCAUUUUGACGAAGUGCUCAAGUACGUAAAUGAGCUAUCCAAUACAAUCGACCUCGACUCCACUCUGAUCCGCGCCGAGGCCCUGUUCCGCCGGUUCCAGCGCCUGGUUGAAGCCAUCGACAAGAAGGGCAAUUUUCCACCACCUAAACCUCUCAAGAGCCCCGAGCCGGCCAAGGUCCGUUCCGGCUCGUCCUCGCCUGGUCCUGCAACCCCAAACCACAUCCGUGAUGCCUCAACGUCAUCUCCGCCGCAGAGGCCCGGGGCGAACAAGGGCAAAGGCCCAGCUCCAAGGGAAGAGGAGGAGCCGCAGAAAAUCAUCACGCCCGAGCUGAGACAACUGCUGAGCCGUAAAGUCGAGGUUCUGCCCCGAAAGGUCGUCGCAGACAAAGGGGACGGAACGCCGCACUAAGCGGAGGUCUUGAAAAGAAAAGGCCGCACACCCCGGUGGCAUGAGGGAAAUCUUGGAUUUUCAGAGUCUAGCGAAACUCUUUGUGAAGAUAAGGGCGUUGGAGGAGGAUCUCACGGGAGUAAAACGGAUCGCAGAGCAGGUUUGGCGUACCGGAUUGCUUUUCCUCCUUAACUGCGGACAUUGUCUAAUUUUUCGCGUGUUUGUCCAAGUCAUUUACAUCAGGUAAAGCCAAGUAGUCUUCUUCUAUGACGGCCCUCGCUCGCCCUCGUGCUGGUCGCCAAGGGCGUUGCCCUAUCGCCUUGUAGAUACUCCGUACACGCUGUCCAACCACUUAAGCAAACAAGUGGGAGAGAAAGCUCAAAUAGUUGACUACCAAAGAGAUGCCACAUCUCCUCAUCUAGCUAGCC